AUGCGAAGGGAGCGGGAGGGGGAGCCGGACGUUGGACCUGUCUCAGAAGAUAAAGUCGGUAAAAUGGCUCAGACCAGCUUGCUGCAAGGGAAACAGUUUUAUUGCAGAGAGUGGGUUUUUCACAAGCUUCAGCACUGCCUCCAGGAAAAGACAAGCUUCAGCAACAGCUCUGCCAACAAACCAUCCGUUGUGCUAAAUUCUGGGACUAAUGCUUGUGUUGUCCCUGGCAAGGGAGCAUCCUGGGGUGUAUUGUUAGUAGGAGGUCCGGGUAGUGGCAAGACAGCUGUUUGUACUGAGUUAUUGUGGCCAAGCUCACCUGCAAACUUACAAAGAGGUUUACAUCACCAAGCACUAGCCUUCCAUUUCUGUAGGGCACAGGACUCUGAUACUCUCUGUGUGGGGGGGUUUAUUAGAGGCUUAGUUGCCCAGAUCUGUCAGAGUGGACUGAUUCAGGGUUACGAGGACAAAGUGAGAGAUCCUGCUGUUCAAAGUCUCCUGCAGCCUGGGGAAUGUGAGAGAAACCCUGCUGAAGCAUUUAAAAGGUGCAUUCUACUCCCACUUCUGGGAACCAAGGCCCCCCAACAAAGUUUCUUUCUCUUGGUGGAUUCAAUAGAUGAGGGGUGCAAUAUUGCAGAAGGUGACCAGACAUCUGCAGGCUUAUCUGGAACUAUAGCUGAGCUUCUAGCUACUCACUAUGAGUAUUUUCCUCCAUGGUUGCUGCUGCUCUGUUCGGCUCGAAAGCAGAAUAAAGCUGUUACAAAGUUGUUUACUGAGGAAAAGGUGAAAGGGCUGGAUGUCGACCCUUCUUCUUUAAGACUCCUCACUGAAGUUGAAGAGCACAUAGGCAUCACAGAGAGAUCUCUCUGUGAAGACCAGCAAAAUGAGAGCACCAAGGAGAAAAGG